CGGAUCUACCGCGCUUGAAAACAUGAUGAAGACAGAUCGACGAUCACAGAGUCGCUUGCUUUUUGUGUUUCUGUGGAGCAGUUUGCCUUCGAUGCCAUCUAACGUUACUCGUUAGUAACAAAACAGAACACACGCAGCGCUCGCACACGUGUUUGCGGACGGAUGUUUGCGUGCAGAGCGCAGGCAGUUUGCCGUGGAUUGGUUGGGAGGCGUUUCAUUUGUCAUCAACAAGGCGUUUGAAACAUCGCUUGCUUCCACCAUUAGGCACAACUACGUUACUUGCGAGCCCCAGCCAGCGUUACAAACUGUCUCCCUGUGUGCCUGGUCCUGUUUUGCCUGGUCCUGUUUUCCCCAGCCCGGAGCUGCACGACAGGUGCUAGGUAGCCGUGAGCAGUAGGGAAGGCCGUGGACGUGGUGGUGGUGGCGCGGCUGCGACGCAGCAUGCCGAGUAUAGAUAGCGACUCGUCAAGCCCGGAUGGCGAUUCUUCCGGCAGUUGUAGCUCCGGCACACAGUUGGACUUGGAAAUGGACGUCCACCCACAGAGUCGGCUGGUCUUCAAUCAAUGCCGAGGUGAUUUCCUGCUCGGCCUUGAGCUGCUGUCGUUGCGUCGAGCGGUGAACGAGAGCAUUUUCUCCACACUGCUCCUGGAUAUGAGCUUGGAUGCGUUCACGCUGGAUUUGCUAUGCGAAGGUCUACUCUUUGCACUGGAACGCACGGACAUUCUUGACGAGGAAGACGACGCUUCCCUGGUGUGCUUCAAGUCGUCCAGUCGCACGGUGUUUGGCGCUCAAGCGGGCACUUCGCUGACGGACGGACGGCGCUUGGCGUUGCUUGAUCGGCUAGCAGGCCUACCGGACCUGUACCAGUCCUGGCAGGGGGAGCAGCGGAGCGAUGACAUCAUCGGCUUGGCGCUGACGUCGGGCCUGGAAGAGGUGAUCGUCCACGGCACGCGCUUCAACUUCGUCUUGCUGGUGUGCGGCAGUUCAGACAGCGGCGUGGACUGCACAGCGGUGGCGGACGAUGCCAUGCAGAAGAUACGUCAGGUCGAGAAGCACGGUUUGCACACUCGUGUCUACUGUGUCGGCAUUGGUGAGGGCUACGACCGCGAGCUGCUGCAGUCAUUGGCCGACCGUAGCCAUGGUAACUUUGCCCACGCCGUGGACGGGUAUGACGCAGUGCACCACAUCCAGAGCAUGCUAGCGCAGUUCUCCACCCUGGUCGCCACGGAUACGACACUGACGCUGACGUCGACCAAGGUCAACGGCCGACCGAUCAUCCGGUCCAUGUGUGACGUGGCCAACGAUGGUCAUGUGACCGGCGGCCAGCAGCAUUGUCAUGGCAACGUCGGGGGAGAGGGCAAGUUCACGGUGUUUUUUGGCGACGUGUUCACCGAGGAGUCCUAUCAGCGCAUUGUGCGCGUCGAGCUUGACUUGACGGCCAUCGCUAGCGAGCACACUGCACUGCCGAUUGCAUCCGGCACUGUGCAGUACAGCACUGCCAACGGCAGCUAUGAGAUCAGCUACAGCACGGUGCUUGAGCUGUGCGUUCUCUCACCGGCGCUGUCGCACCGAGCCGUCGCUCUGGCCAUGCCCAUACCGUACCUGCUACCACGCCCGAUUGGCAUACCGGACGAGGGCGACACAAUGAUGACGCCGUUCAUACAGCGCCAUCUCGCCUCAGAGGUGUGCGGACGCGUGCUCGUACAAAUCCACGAGAUGGAAGGCAACGCGAGCGACAGUGACAUUGACCCCGAACAGCGCAAUCGCUGCUGGGCGAUCUCUAGUGAGUGUCUUCAAUUAAUUCGAGCCCUGGAGCGAUGGAAUCUCAUCAACCUUCCGCCAAAGCAAGCCGAGAAGCUGAAGAUGCUCACCAGGCGUCUCAAAGACGAGUUUGAGGCCGAAGAACCGACAGCACUGGAAGCCGAAGACAACACCGGAGACGUCAGUGGGAAAUCCCCAGAACUGGAAGUUGAGCAGGACAGCAGUGCUGGUGGAGGAGGAACGAGUGCAGUCAAUGCCGCUACUGAAAGUGAUGGCAAGUCUGAAGACAUCAUGCCCGCCGAGGCACCGGCAGGGACGGCUCCGGACAGCGGUCGACGCCGAUCCAGUGGACUUCAUAUGAGUGCCCGUCGCCAGUCCAGUUACCAGUCGUCAGGGAAACGAGACCGCGCCAAGGAGCUCUAUGCUCAGACGCUGCGCUUCACCACAGCCAAGGCGGCGGGAGAGAAACUGGCCACAACGCCGGAAGGAGUCGAAGGCGAGGAAAUGACACCACACGAUGAUACCACGCGGCUGGGACACAGCAGCAGUGCUUCUAAACCGGACAACACCGCAGCAAGCAGUGGUGAUGGGGACGAAAGCAACCCGCCCGCUACUUCUAAAGGUGGAGACUCGUCAGUCACUGACGCAGGCGGAGAGCAGCACGUACACGGUCGGCUGCGUAACCUUGCCGACGACGGCGAGAUGAGUGAGAGCAUCCAGGCCAUCGAGAAACGGCUUGCCGAGUCGUCGGGCCAGCGCAAGCGUACACGCGGCACCGUGCGUAUCGGCGACGACUCCGAGCUGGGGAAACGACUCAAGCAGCGCGAGCAGAAGCGGCAGGAACUGCUCACCAAAUACGGAAAAGACUGGGCGGACAAAUACUAGGCAAAUGUCACGAUUCAAUAAAUUACUGGGUUUACGGGUAAUUUACUGGGUUUACGGGUAAUUUUUCCAGUCACUAUACAAACAGUAAGUCGCUUACGGCAUUCAGAGAUAUGCCUGCUAACUGCUGGAACUAGUUGCUAUAGCGAUACAAUACACAGACAAGCUGUACCCAAAGAACUUGCCAAAUAUGGAGAAGACUGGUCGGACAAAUGUUAAUCGCAUGGCACGACGUAGUACUGGAUUGUGUAAAUUUCCCAAUCGUGCUACAGGCAGUAAGUAGUACUUCGAAGUACUUGGUGCUUAGCAUACGUCAUAAGAGUCUUCCGGCUCGGGAGAGUGCUCAAUGUUCAUGCGAACAGUGCUGAGAUAUGCCUGCUACAACUGGUCGCAAUGCAAUAUACGGUCAAUCUGUACCCGAAGAACUGGUAUUUCCUGAUCAUUGGUUCUAUGAACUGUAUAUAUCCUAGUAGCAAGCAUGUUUGUGCUUGCUACACUCUCUUGCACAUGCACAGUGCCAACAGCAACAACAAUCAUGGGAGCGGAGUAUGCAUGUUGUACAGGCUCUCUCACUCUCUCUCUCUCAUCUCUCUCUCUCUCUCUCUCUCUCUCUCUCUCUCUCUCUCUCUCUCUCUCUCUCUCUCUCUCCCUCUCUCUCUCUCUCUCUCUCUCUCUCUCUCUCUCUCUCUCUCUCUCUCUCUCUCUCUCUCUCUCUCUCUCUCUCUCUCUCUCUCUCUCUCUCUCUCUCUCUUUCUCUCUCUCUCUCUCUCUCUCUCUCUCUCUCUCUCUCUCUCUCUCUCUCUCUCUCUCCCUCUCUCUCUGCCAUGCCACGCUAACGUCUGUGUAAUGUAACGCUAGCGUCUGUGUCGUGCCACACUAGCGUCUGUAUCGUGCCAUGCGAGCGUCUGUGUCAUGCCACGCUAGCAUCUGUGUCAUGCCACGCUAGUGUCUGUGUGUAUUGCCAUGCUAGCGAAACCUUUGUGACUGUGUUCUGUGCUACGUCACGUGCAAUCCUAUGUGAAACCGAGGCUGUAUCGAGUACAAUUUUGCAUGUGCCAUGUGUGUGCAGUAGUAAUCGUGUAAAUCGUCCCGGGCGAUCAGAAUUCACCCCUAACUGCGUAUUCUCUGUGCCGGCCUUGUUGUUCCCGCAUAGCAAUACUGAUUGCAGAUCACCUGACCACAGUUGCCCUUGGCAUACCGGUAUACUACGGUGGCCAUCUUUGUUGUCAUGGCAAUGCUGACUGUUUGUCUUGUGAGCACCGUGACUCGGCUAUGACCUAUGUGCUGUCUGAGUCAUAUCCAUAGUACGAUGGUAAUGCGUGUAGAUAGCCGCUGAAAUUUGAGAUUACUGCUGGCCCACUUCAGUUGAACACCACGUUGUAGGAGUAACUGGAGUAUGAAUGUUGUUGUUUAAAUACAUAUCAUGCCGGCAAUGCUAUUAUUGCUGUAGGUUUGCGUGCAUGUGCGCAGGUUUAGCAAGCAGCAUCUUUUUUGAUAUUGAUCAAGCCUCUCGUGCCGACGUAGGCCUCUCCGCUUUACAUGCAGUGCAGUUCUGGUCACAGUCAUUGGUCAUGAGAGUGAUCGUAUCAUUUCAUUAUACACUCGCGUUGAUCGUGUUGAUGUGACUAGUGUAUGUGCUUUAUGUCCUGCUAUGAUACCACUCA